AACCCUAAAUCCGGGGGAGGUCAAUUUUUUGGAGAGAGCAGCAGGAAUUUGCUGGUGUUUUCGGUCUACCGACGCAGCUUGGGUUAGGAAUUCUUGGGUUCUGGGGCUGUCUUGAGGAGAUUUGGGGUGGUUCUGAGGCUAGAUUUUGCCGCAAUCUGAGCUGGGGUUUUGUUGCUCUUGUUUCUCGAUCGGAGCGGAGUCUUAGAAGAGAUUCAGUGUGAAAGCCUCAGGUAAUCUGUGAUUUCUCUGCCUCUGUGAGAAAUUUGGUAAGGAUUUGUCCGUGUGGAGUGAGUAGAGGUGGAGUGCUGAAGCUUGCUCUCCAGAUUUGAGUUUAGGCCUCGGGAAUACUGAGAAAACCCACUGUUUCUGUUGCGAUUUUGGCGGUAAUAGGAAAAAAAUUGAAUUUUGUGCUGGUGGUGUCGUAGUUCUGGGAUUCUGAGGAGAAAAAUAUCGGUUUCAUAGGCCUGACGAUUGUGUUAGGUGAGGGGUAUAACAGAUCAUAUUUCAGCAUAAGAAAUUACUUUAGCUAGUUUGUUAUGAUCAAGAAUGGCGCUCAAGAUUUCACCGCUGAAAGCUGCUGAGAUUGCGAUCAACUCGAUCGGAUUAGGAUAUGACAUCGCUGGAGAUAUCCGUUUGAAGCACUGCAAGAGAGAUUCCCCGGAUCCAUGGUUGAUUGAGAUUGAUCAUGAUCAGGUUCACAACAUCGUCCUUCCUGGUGGACUGUCUAUUCCAAAUGUUCCUAAAUCCAUAAAGUGUGAUAAAGGAGAAAGAAUAAGGUUCAGGUCAGAUGUUCUCUCGUUUCAGCAGAUGUCCGAGCAAUUUAACCAGGAGUUAUCUUUAUCUGGAAAAAUACCUUCUGGCCUCUUCAACAGUAUGUUUGAAUUCUCAGGUUCUUGGCAGAAAGAUGCAGCAAAUACGAAAGCUCUUGCAUUUGAUGGAUGGUUUAUUACACUAUAUGCUCUUGCAUUAUCAAAAUCUCAGAUUGUACUUCGUGAUCAUGUUAAGCAUGCAGUUCCAUCAACAUGGGAUCCUGCUGCUUUGGCAAGGUUUAUUGAAAGAUUUGGUACUCAUAUUAUAAUUGGUGUGAAGAUGGGAGGAAAGGAUGUAAUCUAUAUCAAACAGCAGCACUCGUCUAACCUCCAACCUGUUGAAGUUCAGAAAAGGUUGAAAGAGUUGGCAGAUAAGAGAUUUCAGGAGACUUCAAGAGAAUAUGACAUGGCUUCUAAAGAAACAUAUGGGAAAGAUAAGUACGAGUUGAGAGAGCAGCGACUAAGGUUUGCAGAAUCCAGUCAGUCAAGCUCUUACUGCGCAAAAGAGGGCAUCGUGCAAAUCUUCAAGCAAAGAGGGGGAAGGGAUAACUGGGACUUACCUCAUAUCGAGUGGUUGAACACUGUUCAGUCUGAACCCGAUGUAAUUUUAAUGUCCUUUAUGCCAAUUACUUCUCUUUUGAAUGGGGUUCCUGGAAGUGGAUUCCUAAACCAUGCCAUCAAUUUGUACUUACGGUAUAAGCCACCAAUUGAAGAACUUCAUCAGUUUUUGGAGUUCCAGUUGCCGAGACAAUGGGCCCCUGUUUACAGUGAUCUUCCUCUUGGUCCACAGCAGAAGCAACAGAGCACUGCAUCACUUCAGUUUUCCUUCAUGGGGCCUAAGCUUCUUGUCAACACCAGUAUGGUUGAUGUAGGCAAGAAGCCGGUGACAGGACUUCGGUUAUACUUAGAGGGUAAAAGGAGUAACAGAUUAGCAAUUCAUCUCCAACAUCUUUGCUCCCUUCCCCAAAUAUUUGAGCUUCAUGACAACCCACAUAACCGAGCCUCCACUGAAUCGUAUGACCGAAAGUACUAUGAGCCAGUUGACUGGAGGCAUUUUUCUCAUGUCUGCACAGCGCCAGUGGACGCCGAUGAUGAUGACCUCUCGAUUGUUACUGGGGCUCAGUUACAUGUGGGCCAUCAUGGUUUCAAGAAAGUCCUCUUCCUCCGCCUCCAAUUCUCGACUGUUUCCAAUGCAGCACUUGUCAAGAACCCAGAGUGGGAUAAUUCUCCAAACUUGGUCCAAAAAUCUGGUCUCAUCUCAACACUCAUCAGCACUCAUUUCUCUGCGGCUGCUCAGAAGCCUCCACCCAGGCCAAUGGAUGUAAACAUCAACUCGGCAGUUUAUCCCGGUGGCCCGCCGGUUCCAGUACAGACUCCAAAGUUGCUCAAGUUUGUCGACACGACCGAAAUGGUGCGCGGUCCGCAAGACAGCCCUGGUUACUGGGUGGUCUCUGGUGCAAAGCUGAAUUUAGAGAGAGGUAAGAUAUCGAUGAGGGUCAAGUAUUCUCUCUUGACGGCAAUGCUACCCGACGACGAUUUCGAGUAAGAAGAAAGGAUAUGGACUGACAGAAACUUGCAAAUGCCACUGAGACCUUGAUCAGAAGCACAAGUCCUCAAAAAUCUUUUUUGUCUACUGUAUAAUAUCUGUAAUUGAUUUGAAUUGCGAUGUAUGCUGCUUGUUGUGAGUGAUGCAGUGGUCAUGUCUCUGCUUCUUUUGCUCUCACAAGAAAAAAAAAAUGUUUGGAGCAAAUUAAGAAAUUGAUUUCGAGAUUUGUGAUUUCAACAAGAACAUGAAUUAGUCA